GGAACGGGGGGGGGGCACCAAUCGAUGGUGUUCUCAGAUCUUCCUAUAAAAGAUCUUAUAACUCAACCCAACAACGUGGGGUUGCGUAGAGUAGCCAAAAUACAGAAAAACCAAUCACUGAGAAUUGUUUCACACAUUACUUUUUAUUUGUACAUUUAAAUGCAAUGUAUGAAUGAAAGUAUCUGAAAGCAAGUGCGUCAUACAGGCCUAGCUCACAAUGCAAGAAGGGGGUCACACGGGUUGCCUUCGUACUGAUUGUCUAUGAGAGAGAAGCCUGAUUGGCGAACUGAGGGGAGAGGAAGUUAAUUGUGGAGCAAGACGACCCGCAGGCCCGUCGUGAUAGGGCUACCCUGUAUGGCCCUCUUCCAUGUUCUUUGCAUGCAUAAAAGGGGUCGUCGUAACUUCCUUGUGUAAAUGAACAAGAAGUAACAUCCAUAAAUCAUAUCACCUUCCACCUCUUGCUUUUCAGUCGAUUAGACCCGUUUACACAUUCGGCAGCAAAUCAGUGAAUGCACAGUGAGGAAAAUAAUCAAACAAUGUAAAUGCAUCUUGAAGCAAGCCAGGAUUACUUCCAGCUCUCCGUCCAGGAUACAUUUGGUUGCCAACAAGGGUUUGCCAAAACGUUACGUGUGGAACGGCCCAACUACCACGUAGUUGUUCAUAAAGUGACCACCAUGCAGGUUUUUUUCGCUCACUGCAAGCCUACUCCAAAUUUGCACUGCAGGAGUAAGUCCCAGACUAGGGCCGCCUGUUUGUCCUUCCUUUGCUCUUUAGACCCCUCCCCGCUCCCUCUUGUUUAAGAGGGUUCCAGCAGUCGUUUGGAUCCCGCCGCGCUUUCAGCGGUCCUUCACGUUCUCAGAGAGCGGACGUUUUUCCCAGUGACGAGUUCCUCGGAAGCCAAGUCUCCAUCUCAGCAGAGCAGUUUUAAAACAGCACAUACCGGGCCAGGAAGAAUGAGAAUAAGCCCGAGGUGGAUGGCGGGAGAGAGGAGAGGCGCGAGAGUUUUUUGCAUUUAAUUAUGAAACAUGUUAAAAAGUGCGAGACGGUGGGGGGGAGAAGUUGACAUUGCCUCGAGCCCCCCGCGACUUUUCCUUCGCCCCCUCGAUUGUUACCCUGAUUGUACCUCCGCGUCCCCCUCCCCCUCCACGUGAUGGGCCCGACAUGCGCAGCAGCGCCAGGGCCGCCGGAGGCACAUUUGCAGACUGACGUCAGUGUGCACAACCUCUCAGGCCAAAAUAGUCUGCUGCUGCUGCAGUUCCAAACUUGGCUGAAGGCCGGUAGUGAGAAGAGAUCUCGAGCUACUUCAACAAAACUUUCUCUCCAGUUUUUCCUGCUCCCUCUCCCCCUUUCUUUCUUUCCUUCCUUCUCUCUCUCCUUCUGAUGGUAUUCAAAUAAUAGCUCUGCGUUGGAAGGGGUGGCCAAGAAGAAAAUCCCAAUCCCAAAUUAAGUCUUUUUCCCCCUUCUCCCCACUUCCUUUCUCCUUUCCCUUCUGUCUCUUCCUCCCCCCGCCCCCAUUUUUUUGGUUGUAAAAGACAAAAAUAUGCAGGGUGCUUAGAUAAGGCUGGAUGAAUUGAUGGCAUCCCUUUUCUUGCCUAGUCAGUCCGUUUUCUCAGCUUCCCCUUUUUAGAAAAGGCUCAUAGAGGAUUUCAUUCUGCUCUAGAAUAUAAUUCUGGCUGGCUUGCCAAAAGUGGGAAAAUCACAGAGAGGAAUACGGGAGCCCUCCAGUGCAAUUUCUAUUGUUUGAAACUCACUUUAUAUCAGAGAAAUUGAAGAUGAAAACGGUGGCAGCUGAUCUGGCGAGCAGCACUGUGUGUGAGAGAGAAUGAGAUCAGCAGCGGCUCCUUUAUUCGUGUCGUUUCUUAUUAAGGAUGCAGUCCUACGCGUGCUUACUUGGGAGUAAGCCUCACUAAACCCAAUGGAACUUACUUGGGCUGCACAAGCUUUGUGUGUGCUCAACCAUAUUAUCUCAUUAUGGAAACGCCGUAAGAAAGACCCCCAGAACUCAAACCCCACGCUUUUUACUUGUUUAGGUCGUGCGCCCUUCAGUUCAGAUGAUUUGUGUCUGUGGUGUUUUGUGUCUGUGGAACACCCACGGCAGCUCUUUAAAAAGCUGAGGGGGUUGGGAGAGCGACGCAAAGAAGCUAAUACCUGCGACUGAUAUGCCCCCUUUCCCUCCUUGCCUGUCGUUUUGCCUUAGCAACCCCUCGUCGUCCCAGGUCACUGGCCGCUUCUCGAGAGUGCUGCCCAUUCGAGGCGCUUCUCUCUCUCUCUCGGGCCCAGCUCCUUGCCAGGAGGCUCUGUGACUUGCAUAUGAGCAGCCAGGAACCAGAGCGGUGGGGGAUGGGUCGGCUUCAUCUCUCGCGCUCUCUGUCAAUAUGGAACCAGGAGCUCCCGCCAAGGAAUAUAUUUGCCUCUUACCCAGAGGCGUAGCUGCCAGACACCCAUGUGUCUCUCAACCUGAAGGCCGCUCUGCGGAGCUGCAGCAGACAUUAGCCAUUAGAAGAGGAAAUGGGUCUUUAUCCUUGGGAUCAGCAUGCAAGGCUGGCAGCAGCGCUUGGGUUAGAUUUACAUACGAGGCGAUGACCUUCCCAUUUGCUCUGGUUUUAGAGAUAACGCCUGAUCUAGUCAAACGCUCCCCCGUCCUCUUUCACCGGGAGCGGAUGUGUUUGCAGCAGUGUGCUGCAGCUUAGCGCCAGGCCAUUAAUGGGCCACAGGUGCUACCGCGAGAGCCGGGUUAUGUCUGAGCAAACAUUGCACAGGGAGAUAGAUGGUGAGGCUGGAGAAUGAGGCUCAUUGAGAAGAGCGGCUGCUGUUGUUGCUGCCCGCGGCGCGAGCCGAUCGGUUCAGCUUCUCUUCAGCUGCCUUUGGAGAGAGUCCCAGGGCUGGUGGUGGUGACUGACUGAGCUGCGGGCGCUGUACCGUUGCCAAGUUUCCGGGGGAGACGGAUGGGAGGCCGUUUGGAGGAGGCAGCGGGAGGGAGCUUGCCAGAUGAGGCUCUUGCUGCUGCUACCUGUUUGCAUGAAGAGGUAAAGAAAUGGACAGUUGUUCGCUAUUCACUUUAACUCAUCAUUGACAUGUGAAGGACCUAUUUUUAAUUACUUUUGGACUGAAAAUGUCUGCAGACAUAGAAAAAAGUAUAUUAUUCCAAAACACCUAUCAAGAAGUGGAAUCACAAUAGUUAAUCCUGAAGAAAAAUAAUAAAUCCUGGUUAUGGUGCAAUGUUGGAGUGGAGUUAAAGCUGUAGCACAUAGGUAGCCCACUUCUUCUAAAUUAUGGAAAUUUUGUGGAAGAUGUUGACCUGGAUUUUGUGCUUAAUUAUGGUUUUGUCAGAAUUUCACGGUGACAACAGGCUUUCGUAUAGUUCUCAAGAGGAAUUCCUGUCUUACCUUGAACACUACCAACUAACAAUCCCAGUAAGGGUUGAUCAUAGUGGAGCCUUCCUCAGCUUUAUUGUGAAAAAUACUAAGCCCUCCAGGAGAAAGAAGAGGAGUACUGAACAUUAUGACCAAGAACUGGCAGUAUCUAAAUUAUUUUUUAAACUUUCUGCCUAUGGCAAGCACUUUCAUUUAAACCUGACUCUCAACACAGAUUUGGUCUCCAAACACUUCACAGUAGAAUACUGGGGGAAAGGUGGACCUCAGUGGAAACAUGACUUUUUAGACAACUGUCAUUACACGGGAUAUUUACAUGGUCAGCAUGGUACAACUAAAGUAGCAUUAAGCAACUGCAAUGGUCUGCAUGGUGUUAUUGCUACAGAAGAUGAAGAGUAUUUUAUUGAGCCUCUAAGAAAUGUAACAGAAAAUUCCAAUCAUUUUAGUUAUGAAAGUGGUCAUCCUCAUGUUAUUUACAAAAAAUCUGCAAUGUACUACCGACUCUUCUAUGAUCAUAUCCAUUGUGGUGUCACAGAAGACCUCACAGGAAGCAGUAAACCUUGGUGGUUGAACAAUACCUUUGCUUUUCCAACUUUACGUCCAAUUAAUCACAAAUUAAGUAGUCACCAUCGACUGAAGAGAUCAAUAAGCACUGAACGUUUUGUGGAGACGCUGGUAGUAGCAGACAAAAUGAUGGUGGGAUACCAUGGUCGCAAAGAUAUUGAACAUUACAUUUUGAGUGUCAUGAAUAUUGUUGCCAAACUUUACCGUGAUUCCAGCCUAGGAAACGUUGUGAAUAUUAUAGUGACUCGUUUAAUUGUCCUUACAGAAGAUCAGCCAAACUUGGAGAUAAAUCACCAUGCAGACAAGUCCCUUGAUAGCUUCUGUAAGUGGCAGAAAUCCAUUCUCUCUCACCAAAGUGAUGGAAACACCAUUCCAGAAAAUGGAAUUGCCCACCAUGAUAAUGCGGUCCUUAUUACUAGAUAUGAUAUCUGCACAUAUAAAAACAAGCCUUGUGGAACACUGGGCUUGGCCUCUGUUGCUGGAAUGUGUGAGCCUGAAAGGAGCUGUAGCAUUAAUGAAGAUAUCGGCUUAGGUUCUGCUUUUACCAUUGCACAUGAGAUUGGUCACAAUUUUGGUAUGAACCAUGAUGGAAUUGGAAAUUCUUGUGGGACCAAAGGUCAUGAAGCAGCAAAACUUAUGGCAGCUCACAUUACAGCAAACACCAACCCCUUCUCAUGGUCAGCCUGCAGCAGGGAUUAUAUCACCAGUUUUUUAGAUUCAGGCCGUGGUACUUGCCUUGAUAAUGAGCCUCCCAAGCGUGACUUUCUGUAUCCUGCGGUGGCCCCAGGUCAGGUGUAUGAUGCUGAUGAACAAUGUCGCUUCCAGUAUGGAGCAACGUCACGCCAGUGUAAAUAUGGGGAAGUGUGUAGAGAGCUUUGGUGUCUCAGCAAAAGUAACCGCUGUGUUACCAACAGUAUUCCAGCAGCUGAGGGCACCCUUUGCCAGACUGGAAGUAUUGAAAAGGGGUGGUGUUAUCAGGGAGAGUGCGUACCUUUUGGCACUUGGCCCCAGAGCAUAGAUGGGGGUUGGGGUCCCUGGUCAAUAUGGGGAGAGUGCAGCAGGACCUGCGGGGGAGGAGUCUCAUCAUCCAUAAGACACUGUGACAGUCCAGCACCUUCAGGUGGAGGAAGAUAUUGCCUUGGAGAAAGGAAACGAUAUCGCUCCUGUAAUACUGAUCCAUGUCCUUUUGGGGCCCGUGAUUUUCGAGAAAAACAAUGUGCAGAUUUUGACAAUAUGCCUUUCCGAGGAAAAUACUACAACUGGAAACCAUAUACAGGAGGUGGGGUUAAACCAUGUGCAUUAAACUGCUUAGCAGAAGGUUACAACUUUUAUACUGAACGUGCCCCUGCAGUGAUAGAUGGAACACAGUGCAAUGCAGAUUCACUGGAUAUUUGUAUCAAUGGAGAAUGCAAGCAUGUUGGAUGUGACAAUAUUUUGGGAUCUGAUGCUAAAGAAGACAGGUGUCGGGUAUGUGGAGGAGAUGGGAGUACAUGUGAAGCUAUCGAAGGCUUUUUCAAUGACACAUUGCCAAGAGGAGGCUACAUGGAAGUGGUUCAAAUUCCAAAAGGUUCUGUUCACAUUGAAAUAAAAGAAGUGGCUGUGUCAAAGAACUAUAUUGCUUUAAAAUCUGAGGAGGAUGACUAUUACAUUAAUGGUGCCUGGACUAUCGACUGGCCUAGAAAAUUUGAUGUUGCUGGGACAGCUUUCCAUUACAAAAGACCAGCAGAUGAACCAGAAUCUUUGGAAGCCCUUGGCCCUAUUUCAGAAAACCUCAUAGUAAUGAUUUUACUACAGGAGCAAAACCUGGGGAUAAGGUAUAAAUUCAAUGUUCCCAUCUCUCGUACUGGCAGUGGCGACAGUGAAGCUGGCUUUACAUGGAAUCACCUACCUUGGUCAGAAUGUUCUGCUACUUGUGCUGGAGGUGCACAGAAACAAGAAAUAGUGUGCAAAAGGCUGGAUGACAGUUCCAUAGUACAGAACAAUUACUGUGAUCCUGAUAGUAAACCACCAGAAAAUCAAAGAGCCUGCAAUACUGAGCCUUGCCCACCCGAAUGGUUUAUAGGAGAUUGGUCUGAAUGCAGUAAGACCUGUGAUGGUGGAAUGCGAUCACGAACAGUUUUGUGUAUCAGGAAGAUUGGACCCUCUGAAGAGGAGACUUUGGACAGUAGUCAUUGUUUAACACACCAGCCAAUUGAAAAAGAAUCCUGUAACAACCAGUCUUGCCCUCCACAAUGGGUUCCUUUGGAUUGGUCGGAAUGUACUCCAAAAUGUGGUCCUGGUUUCAAGCAUCGUAUUGUUCUCUGCAAAAGCAGUGACCUUUCAAAAACAUUUCCAGUUGUACAUUGCCAGGAAGAAAACAAGCCACCAGUUCGCAUGCGUUGUAGCUUGGGUAGAUGUCCACCACCACGAUGGGUAUCUGGAGACUGGGGACAGUGUUCUGCACAGUGUGGUCUUGGGCAGCAGAUGAGAACUGUGCAAUGUCUCUCAUAUACUGGGCAAGCAUCCAGUGACUGUCCAGAUACUGUACGGCCUCCAUCAAUGCAGCAGUGUGAAAGCAAAUGUGAUAGUACUCCCAUUUCCAACACGGAAGAAUGCAAAGAUGUGAACAAAGUGGCUUAUUGCCCACUGGUGCUGAAGUUCAAGUUCUGCAGUCGAGCAUACUUCAGACAGAUGUGCUGCAAGACCUGCCAAGGACAUUGACCCACAGAAAUUGAAAGUGCCUUGCUAUUUCACUGUGGAAAUGUGUCUAUCAAAGAUUGCUGCACAAUGCAACCAGACAGAUGUCCUUGUAAAUGCAUCACCCUGUGGAAAAUGUAACCACUGGUCAGCCUCAGCUGAUAGAAUUUCAAUAUUAUUUUAACUUCUGUGAAGUGGGAUUUAUUCAUCCAAAGUGCUGGACACAAUAUAAGGAGGGCAUGCCAAAAUGGAAAAAUACACACAGUGCAUAGCGAGUAACUUAUGGUGGAACAUAUGUGUGCUUUUGACAAAAUCCACUAGUCUGUUUACCUCCUUGGACCAUUAAGAUAAUUUUUAUUAUGGACUUAGCAGUGACACUGAAUACAUUUGUAUUUAAUAUUGUUUAAAAUGUAGCUGUUAUGGUUUGGUCAACUACAGAAGUAAAGAAGAAUUUUUAAAAUGUUGUCAUAGCUUAUAAUUAAUAACUAUUUUAUCUUACUACAUAGCACCACAACUUAAGUUCAAGAAGUGGGCUUGGGAAUAUUAUUUUAGGAACAAUUAUAAAUCAGAAGUAAAAGAAAUGUAUUUUCCUUUGUUUCAUUCUCUAGAGAAUAAUCCAUAUUUCCUGAAGACUGCUGUGAGCCAUAUCUAAAGCUAAACUAAAAUGAUGAGAAACAUAAGAGUAAAGAGAUGCAACAGGAAUUUCCUAGAUGCAUCCAACAUUAAAGAAACAUGUGCUGCAGGUUUAUAGCCAUCUUGCCAUUUCACACUUAAAUCAGGAUUUCCACUACAAGGGAAUAUAUCCAUUCAAUAAAUGGCUCAUAUUCCAGUUGUGAAUAGCAUAUUUCCUACUAUUUCACUGCUUAAGGCUGUUAUCAUCAGAUUCACUGUUUUUAACUUCAGUUACAAAGAAUCAUCCAUUCUGCAAACAUCUAACUGGCUUUGUUACUCUGUAAUUACUCAUGAUAAACUGACUGUAGUGGGGUAGAGUCUCUUCUGCUGAUCAUGCUGAAAAUUACAGUGGCUUUCCAGUUUUUCCUUCAUUUAUAUAAUAGGAGAACACUGAUUUAUGAGAGACCAUGGAGAAGAGAAAAUAUGUAUAUGCCUAUUUUUUGGAGACUCUUACAGAACAACCAACCAAAGAGUACAUAACUUAUGGGAACUUUCAAGUCUAAGUACCAUAGUUUUUUAUAUUCACCAUAUCAAUAUAUUAAUACUCUGAAUUGUAUUUCAAUGUGAAGCCAAGCUCCUUGGGUAAAAUCAGUUCCAGAAUCCAGUGGGAGCUAAUACUAAUGGCCAUACUUCUCUCUCAUUCCCUGCUUUGUCAGUGACACAACAAAGAGAUAAGGAAAGUGGGUACUUGUUUAUAUUAUUAUACUGUACUUGAACACUUGCAAUUUGUAGCAGGUACUUGAUGAAUGUGCUUUGUGUCCAACUUGCCUCCUUUGUUGUAGUGUAAUUGAGAUGAUGUGAACACCACCACCUUGUAUUAAUACUAGAAGUCAAACAGCACUUUUAUAAAAAAUGAGACAAGUUUUUAUAACGUGUAUAUGAUAUCUAAAUAUGUCAGUAUAUUUAACAAAUUGCAGUAAGCCAAAUGUGUUGAACAAUAUUUACUAAUGUGAAUUAAUAGGAAAAACAAAGAGAAAGAGAGUUGUACUAUAUGUGUGUGAGGAAACCUUGGUAAUCCAUCAGUGGGGUUUUCUGUAAUCCUUUUAUUCAUAACCAUCCAACUUUUGUCAUGUUCUACCUCUUGACAGUAUGUUUCAUUUUCAUAUACCUAUGAGCAGUAGAGUUCAUAUGUGGCAAAUCUGUUUACUUGGAGCUAUUUGGUGCUCAGUUGCAAUUUCCUUCACUCUCAUUGACACGGAAGCUUAGAAAGGAAAACUAUACACAUGUGGGAGUUAACAUGUAGGCCUGAGGGCAGUGUAGCUAAUGAGUAAAUGACCUCUGUACAUGUCCAAUAAGGAAAUAUCUUGGUGCUAAAAUGCCUUGGCUAAGUAAAAUAAUAAUAGAAGGGAUAGAUAUUGCAUGGGUAUUUUCCAGACAAGAGACUACAGUCUAUCAUACUCUGGCUUGCUCUGAGGCAUAAAUACAUUCAUUAGUUUAUAUGUCUUUUCAAUCAGCAUGAAAUGAUGGGAUUUAUUCAAAACAAAACUCCUUUUACCUCACUUAUAGGACAUUGACAUUGCAAAAAGUGUUUCCGCAAACACAUUUUGCUCUUUCAUUGGUGCUAGAAGACCUGGGAGUCCAAUGUUUACUCGGCAGUUUAGAAGAGCACUGAGUUUGGAAUUUACAAAACUCCCUGGAGCAAUGUUGAGUUUCAUUACUAAAGGGAAUGAAAUGCAGAAUGUAUUGGGUUACAAAUGGACUGAUAUAGCUCCAGACCUGAAAUAAAAGCCUGAAUUAAAGAGGUAAAUCAUUCGUUUCCACAGCACAGAACAUUGCUGCUGCUACACUAUAGCCAUAUAUAUGUAAUCUAAGCUAAAAUAUUAAAAAUAUUAUAUUUCUGAAUAAUAACAACAGGACCAUUUGUGUAGGCUACGCAAAGAUGGGAAACCUAGGAAUUCAGUAGUAGGGUAUUUAACUCACACUGUGUUGUUGGUAUUUCCAUUGAGCAAUGUCACUGACACUAAGGCUGUCAUACGGGGAAAAAAGCCUGUACAUCAUGUCAAAAUGUACACUCCUAGAAAUAUUCCAUCUUAAGGGAUCAUCGUUAAUGGUAUGGAUAUCACAUUUCCUUAACAGUAAAGAAUGAAAAAAGAACCUUUCUAUUAUUGUGAUUAGUUGCUUAUUAUUUUAUACUCAGUAUUAAUGUGGUACACUGUUACAUUGUUAUUAUUAUUAUUUGCUUUUGUAAAUUAUGUGCUAAUUUAUUUCCAUGUUUCCUAACACUUGUUCUUACAUGUCAUGCAUUCUGCUACUUGUAACACUUGCUGCAGUAAAAUUCCACACCAGGCACAGAUUUGUUUUUAACAUAGAUAAUUUAGUAGAAUAAAAA